CACUCAAUUCCCUCAUCCAAGUCAUCAAUAAAGAUAUUAAGGAGGUUAAGCCCUUCCCCGGGCACAAGCUCCCCGGGCAGGAGCUCCCCAUAUCCGCCGGUGCCGUGCCGGGGAGGAGCACAGCCGCCCUCCCGGCUGCACCCAGAGCCCCGUCUGUCGGGAUGCGGCCGCAGAGGGGAGGGGAGCCCGAGCGGCGGCGCCUUCCCCCCGGAGAAGAGCGAAGUUAAAUAGGCAGCGCUCCUCCGCCGCCUUCCUCUCUCCCCUCCCGGCUCGCAGCCUCCGGCGAGCCCCCCGCUCCCCGCCCACCGUGCCGGGGCCGCGGUGCGGAGCGGUGCGGAGCCGGGACACGCCGCUCGCCUCUCGGUGCCUGCAGGCGCCGCGUCCCGCCGAGCCGCCCGCCUGAGAGAAGCCAAGCCAGCUGCAUGGGAGGAGAUGAGCGUGGCGGGGAAGCAGCCGCCUCCAGCACCGCUUGAGCGCCCCGGCAGCCUCCUCGUCCCCACCUGGACUAAAACUGGUAUUGCUUUGUUGUAUGAUGAAGUAUCUGAAAAUGCUUAUGACAUCCGACUGAAGCUCACAAAAGAGGUAUUAACAAUUCAAAAACAAGAUGUCGUCUGUGUUAGUGGAAGUGAUCACAGUGCAAAUCACAGAACUGUUACACUUCGUAGACAACCAGUUGGUGGCUUGGGCUUAAGCAUAAAGGGUGGUGCUGAGCACAAAGUGCCUGUCGUCAUAUCAAAAAUGUUUAAAGACCAAGCAGCUGACCAAACCGGAAUGUUAUUUAUAGGAGAUGCAAUAAUGCAGGUUAAUGGUAUUAAUGUAGAAAGUGCUACCCACGAAGAAGUGGUACACCUACUGCGAAAUGCUGGCGAUGAAGUUACCAUCACUGUUCAGUACCUCAGGGAAGCUCCAUCAUUUUUAAAGCUCCCAUUAGGUUCCCCUGGACCAUCUAGUGAUCACAGCAGUGGAGCUUCAUCACCUCUCUUUGACAGUGGCUUACAUUUAAAUGGAAACUCAAUUAACACUGCUCCAUCAUCACCUUCUUCACCCAUAGCUAAUGAACCAAAAUAUGAGAAGCGCUGGCUAGACACCUUAUCAGUUCCUCUGUCAAUGGCUCGAAUCUCGAGGUACAAAGCUGGAACAGAUAAAUUAAGAUCUAAUGCAUUUGAAGUGCUGGCACUCGAUGGAGUUAGUACUGGGAUACUUCAGUUUUAUACAGCCCAGGAGAGUGCUGACUGGCUGAGAGCAAUAUCAACUAACAUCAGUGAUUUGACACUUCAAAAUAUGAAAAUGGCAAAUAAAUGCUGUUCUCCCUCAGACCAGGUCAUACAUAUGGGAUGGGUACAUGAGAGACUUGAAGGAACUGAUUCAUCUCAGCUCUACAAAUUCAAGUUUCUGGCAUUGAAGGGUUCAUCCUUCUACAUUUUCAGUACUCCACCGGUAAGCACACUAGACUGGGUACGAGCUGAAAAAAUCUAUAACCUCUGUGAGGUUCUAUUUAAAAUUCACAAGCUCUGGCUUGCUGAUGAUUGCUGGCUACAAGCAAACUUGUAUUUAGGUAUUCAUCAGGACUUUGAUCUUGAAGACCACAGGCCAUAUUGUUUCAGUGUUAUGGUUGGACAUGGCAAGAGUCAUUAUUUCAAUGUAGAGCUAUGCAGCGAGUUGGCAGUGUGGGAGAAAUCAUUUCAAAGAGCAAUUUUCUUGGAAGUUCAAAGAACUGGGUCUAAAACAUAUAUGUGCAGUUGGCAAGGCGAUACCCUAUGUUUCACUGUCGACUUUGCUCUGGGAUUUACCUGUUUUGACAGUAAAACAAAGAACGUGCUGUGGAGGUUUAAAUUCUCUCAGCUCAAAGGCUCUUCAGAUGAUGGGAAAACGAAAGUAAAGCUGCUUUUUCAGAAUCUAGACACCAAACAAAUUGAGACAAAGGAACUUGAAUUUCAGGAUUUGACGGCAGUAUUACACUGUAUUCACUCCUUUAUAGCAGCAAAAGUGGCAUCUGUGGAUCCAGUAUUCAUAGACAGCCAGAGCAUUGCAAGAAAAUAUAUGUACAGUAACUGAUAUAAGAUUAUAUGUUGUGAUUAUGGAAAAUAAAUUAUUUUCUUAAAGAAAGUAGUUAUUUCAUGCACAAUAUUGCAACUUUGUGAUUUUCUAAGAAGUCUGUAGUUGUGUUAUCUGUAAUGUUAACAGUUUUCACAAUCUGUUCAAUAUUUUGAAUCUAUGAGUUAAAAAAUAUUAAGUCAAACUGAAUCAGUUUGUUGUCUUCAGCAUUAAUGUAAAAUUCUGAGCAAAUUCAAUAACAUUUGUGGUGUCAUUUUGAUUUCUGUUCUCAUGGUCAUACAUAUCCCCCAUAUCAGAUAAAAACAUGGACUAACGUUUGAAAAGUGUGUGUCCAAAGAUUGGCCUCUUAAGUGCAUUUUGAAAAUUGCUGCAGCCCUCACUGUAGAAAAAAAUAAACAACAACAACAAAAAACUAAUUAUUCUAGAAAACUGCAAUAAGAAUUGAUUUUUCAUCUUGCUUUGGUAUGUUUGAAAACUAUAAUUCGUUGGUCCAGUUCUUUGGAGGCCUGAGAGUUAGCUGGGGCAAAACACAAUGUACUCUAUAUGAGACUGAGGAGAAGGCAUAAGCACGCAUUUGAAAUAACUAUAAGCACCGACCUGUAGGGUUUUCUUAUAUAUUAUUGAAGUUUCCAUGAAUCAGUCAUCUAAUCAUUCAUAGAUUACCUUGACAUUAGCCUCAGAUGUGAUGCUGUGCAGACAUUCUUCAGUGACUUCUUUGCUUGGCAGAGGAUGUUGUCAGUAUGGUGAUAGCUGGACAUAAAGAUUUUUCUAGCCCACUUAACUUUUUAUUUUACUUCACCUCUAACCCUGAUUUACAUACAUGCUUAAAUAGAAAUGAAAAGAGUUUCUCCUUGCUAAGAAAAUAAUGCAGGUCUACUUUUAGCAUAUCCCUAACAUUCCUUUUGAAAUCACUUUUUUACUUGCACAGCUACUGAAAACAUCCUGAUACUGAAAAAUUAUAAAAGGAAGACAUUUUAAUCUUAGUGGUAAGUAAUACCAAGUAUUCCAGGCUUCUGUAAUAGAAGUCUCAUUUGUUCUUAAGUGCAGUUUUGAGUCAAUAUCAGGCAAUAUCUUUGUGUGUUUUUUUUUGUUUGUUUGUUUGUUUGUUUUGUUUUGCUUUGUUUUGUUUUUCCCUGAGAAAUUAAAAAAAAAAAAAGGCACACAGUCAAGAAAUGAAGCAAGAAGAAUAUCCUAAAUAUAUACAAUGAGUAUGGAUCAACAUAAUCAAAGCCCUGUCUAUAUUUUAGGAGCACAAGAAAAUGUCUUGAUAAAGUAAAAGCCUAAAACCACUGUAUGCUAAGAAAAGAAGGUAUGUACCUUUAAAAGAGCUCAGAUAAGGAGUCUUUACAUAGCUUCAGUGCUCAAAUUUAGUCAGAGAGGUUCCUCCUCUAUCAUAAGGCAGGUAGAGCAGAUUGCAGUGGGCCUUAGGCACCUACUUUAAAGGGAUGCUUAUCUGUCCACUUAAACCUCAUGCACAAAUAAAGUGUCUAAAGUAGGUGAUUUGAUCCUACCAUAACGAUUGCCUACUGCAAAGUGGUAUCUUGAGAGAAAUUAAUUUCAAUGUUAGGGAUGCUGGUAGCAAUUCUAGUGCUGUUUACAGAUCUAAUGUUUGCAAGGAGGCAUAAUAGAAGAGCUAACUACUGUCAAAACACUAUGUAGCAAAACUGAGAAAUAUUUUUAUUGACUGUAAAUACGUACUUAUAACCAUUAUGAUAUUUUAAACAAAUAGCAUCCAAAUUUUAUAUUACUUUUUUUUUUCAAAGAUGUAUUUCUCAAACAUGCUUUUAUUGAAAAUAUUUCAUAUAACUUUCAGCUUUCCUUUUACUUUUCAGCUUUUUGUGUUUACUGAGAUUUUAACAUUCACAAAUGAUAGCUUAUGAUAGAUACAUGAUAUGAUAGAUACAAUGAUAGAUACAGUCAAUUCUCAGUUAUUGGCAUAAACAGUUAUAGAUGGCAGAGUGAAUGAUGGAAUGAUGGAAUUCUUCCUCUGUUUUACUGCUAUUUCCUUAUAUGCAAAGUUCAGCACUAGGAAAAAAAAAAAAAAAAAAAAAAGGAAUACAUCUCCAAAUACUGUAAUUAAAACCUUAAAAGAAUUUAAGUUAAAUUUAUUAAAUAAUCUUUCAUUCUUUCAUUUCUCCUAAGAAGUUCCUAAAUUUCAUCCUAAGAUGGAACAAGUCAAUAUCAAACUAAUUGCAAAUACAAGAUGCAGUUAGGACUAUAUUCAUGAAUUUUAAUAAUAUUAACAUUAGAGGUCAAUACAAUAAACUUUCUGGUAAAGAACAAUUUCUUGGAACUAUAAGGAUGCCUCUAGUAUUUCAUUUUGACAAUUUAUUCCCAUGCCCCUUCCACUUGGAGGUUGCUGAUUAUUCUCAAUAACAUACGUUUGCUUGCAAAUUAUUUCUCAAUUUCUCAUUUCAAAAUUUCUGAUUGUCUGUUAUAUUUUUCAAAACAAUUCUAUUUAUUUCCCUGUUAAGGAUUUGUCUUUCUCCAUCAGAAUCCUGCAUUUAUUUUCCUUAGAACAGUUUUGUAAAAUAAUUAAUUAAUUUUCUUACUUUCUUACAAGUAACUUUCUUACUUGUUUGGGGGAAUUCCUGACCUACCAUUUUUGCAAGAUAGGAUUUUUCUUCUGAUAUGUGCAAAUCAAUCCCUAGAAAGAUAAGAGAAAAAGUUCUUAGCAAUUCACCACUUGAACUUUAGGGCUGUAUUUUAGAAAUAAUUCUCCAAAGAUGUUUUUAAAGAGACACUUGAAAUUUCUUGUUAGCUCAUUCUCUUUUUCCUUCCUUUCGCAUUCUGCAACAAUCCCAAAACAGAGACUAAAGGCCAGCCUUCAGAGGAAGUUGGCAGAGCCUGGGAAAAGCUAACGCAGAGCUUGUUACUCAGCUGUGAUAUGGAUUUUAUAGGACUUCCCCAGGAUCUUGUAUUUCUUUGUAGUUCUCUUAACAGGGCAACAUACAUGUAUGUCAUAUGGGAAAAUGUUAGACUACCAAUUUGUUUGGUGUCUUAUGUUUAUUUGUUACAUUUUUUUAAUGUCAGUAAAAUAUAUUGUUUUUUCAUCACCUUCACCGUGUAUGUAAUAUAGCAUGCCAGGUAUCAUCACUAUUGUCACUACUUUUCAGCUUGCUGAAGACCCCAAAACAGUAGGAUCCCCAAAUGGUAAAUAGAUCUACUGGUGGCUAGGUAACCUCUACAGUCAUCCCAAAAGACUCAAUCACUGAAGCAGAGGACAAUUGUUUUGUGGUAUCUGGGCAGCUGGAAUGUCAAAUUUGCUUAAUAAUCAAAACUGAAAACAAAAUUUAAUAUACUUUCUUAUGUGCUUGUGAUAUAUUAAGCUUUAGUUUUGCUACCUCAUUAUUCAUUUGUGUACAGUUUCAUCUUGUUUUUUUCCAGUGAUCAAAGUGAUACCAGAGUGAUCAAAGUGAUACCAGAGUUGAGUAAGGAGUAGGAGGAGAAAGGCAUUUGCUACAGCAAAGCUCUAAACAGAAGGCCAACUAAGGACACACAGAAAGGUUAGAAAAUUGUGCAGCAUCACAAAAUCAAGAUAGCCACUCAUGAUUAGAAAUGUAGUAAAACCAAGGUAUUUUCUAUAUGUCCUGGUUAUGUCUUUAAUUUAAGCUCAAAACUUCAAACAGCUAAAUAUGACUCCACUUGGAAACACAAUAUUGAGUUGUUACUCACUUGAACAUGAUAUAUGACUUGUGCCAUGGAUUUAAUGUCAGUGAUAUGUAUUCUAACUAAGGAGUGCUAUGGGAACUGGACUUGGGAACUGGGCUUGAACUGUACUGUAGGUUUAUUAAAAUAACUCCUGGCAUUCUUUGAUCAACGUUAAUUGAAAUCUGCAGAAAAGUUCUGUGCACAGUCAUGAGCUGAGUGAGCUAAGGUCUGUUCUCAGUAAAUGUCUUGGUUGUGCUACCCUGUUUAAAACAAGGGAGACUUUAAUAGAGGUGCUGUGUUCAGACCAUGCCUGAUGGCCUCAGGGAUGGAAAAUGAGCCCUGACAAUUUUAGUCAUAAAUUUAGAUGUUGCUAUAGAUUCACACUGACUUCAGUUGAGGCAGGGCCUCACCCAGUGCAUUUCACCUAUAUUAUUUAUAUUUAUUUGUUGCAGGAAGAAUGGCCGAAAAUACGACAGACACUAGUAUGGUCAGAUCAUGCUCCCUUUUAUUACCCGAAUAGCCUGACUUUUAU